AUGGGCGUUAUCGCAACCUUGAAAAACAACAAGGUCGGGGCAGUGGUGGUGUCCGUCUUUGACUGGUACCCGUCGGAGUAUCCCAAAGAAGAGAGGAAACUUCUUCGCAAGCUUGAUCUUGCCAUCCUGGUCUUCGGAUCUCUGAGCUGUAAUUUGUGCAAGUUCCUCGGACAACAGAACAUCACUAACGCAUAUGUCUCUGGCAUGAGAGAAGACUUAAACGCAUUUGGAAAUGAGUUGAACUACUAUGUCGUUGCGUAUAACACGGCGUACGUCUUGGGUCAAAUUCCAUUAAUGACGCUCCAGACAAAAGGCAAACUGGCGCCAUUCUUGCUUCCCUCCCUCCAGAUACUUUGGGCCGUUAUUGCCUUUUGUCAGUCCGAGAUCCAAUAUAGUGGGCAACUCUAUAUCCUCAGGGCUUUAACCGGAUUUCUCGAGGCAAGCUCGUUUGGUGGCACUCAUCUCAUCCUUGGCUCAUGGUUCAAGAAUGAAGAACUCUUCAAAAGAGCGGGUGUCUGGUUCAUGGGCAAUUCACUCGGCUCCAUGUUCUCUGGAUAUCUCCAGGCUGCUGCAUACAAAAACCUCAACGGCGUUUUUGGUCGUGCUGGUUGGCGAUGGCUAUUUAUUGUGCAAGGCAUCAUCACGUUACCUCUCGCCUUUCUGGGAUUCUUCGUUUGGCCUGGACUGCCUACAUCACCCAGAAGGUGGUAUAUGACUGAGGAAGAGCAUGCUCUAGCUCUCAAGCGCAUCCCUACCGUCGAGAAGGAGGGAAUCACAUGGAAGACGUUCAAGUACACCUUGAGCCGUCCCAUGUGGUGGAUCUGCGUUUCUUGCUACAUCUUCUUGUGCCAGGCGCAUUACUGGACUGGCUACAUGGCCCUCUGGCUUCGUCACGCUGGCUACUCCAUCGAGCUCGUGAACAUUCUCCCUACAUUUAUCGACCUUCUGCGAGCCAUCUCUUCUUGGCUUGGUACAACAUUAGCAGGCUGCCUCAGCCUCCGAGGACUGUGGACGUUCCAAGCAUCAUUCGUAUUCUUCGCCUGCAUUAUGCUAUCCAUAUGGACUGUACCUGAUGGCCUGAAGUUUAUUGCCUUUUACUUUGGUGGCUUUUCUGGCAUGGCAUCGCCGAUUCUUUACUCGUGGGUUAACUCGACGCUGAAGGAAAACUACGGCGAACGAGGUCUUAUUAUUUCGUCUAUGAUGACACUGGGCUUUUGCAAUCAGAUUUGGAUCCCGCUCUUCACAUUUCCAACGGUCGAGGCACCACGGUUCCCAAAUGGAUACCCAGCGGCAACGGCUUUUGAGUUCACCAUGUGGGCUAUCCUGAUGGGAGGAGUCUGGUACAUGAAAAGGUGGAAGACUAAGCACCCGGAUCUUGAGAUGCGCCUGGCUGAGCCCGAGAGCCUUGGCCCGGCGAGUGAGUCAGAGUCUGGGGAUACGGGCAUGGCUGACGCAAAGCGCGCAAGCAAACACGUCAGAAGCCUCUGA